UAUGUCCUAAAUUUACUAAAAAUAAUUCAUGAAUCAUCCUUCAAGCUUCUCAAUUUUCUCAAUCUCUUCAACACACACACACACAAUUAGCACACUUCUCUAAGAACCUCUCUCUCUCUCUCCUCUUCUUCCAAAGCUCCAUAGCCACCAACCUCACUUUUGACCUACAGAGAGAGAGAGAGAGAGAGAUUUGAAGAUAAAAAGCGAAGACAUGAUUGAGGUUCUUUACCAGAAUCUCAGAAUCAAAGCUCCUUAUUCAGCAAGUAUGGUUUUGUCUGAGAAACGCUUCUACUUCUCCUCUCUGUCUCUCUUCUUCUUCUUCUUCGUUUUCUCUCUCUUCCCGGUGCCUUCUCUCUCCUCCACAUUUAUUGUCGACGGCGUCUCUGUCUGGAAAACCCCCGUUGUUCAUGUUGGCGACUCCGUGGUUUUCAGACACAAGUACGGAGGCGAUCUCCACAUCUUCAGGAACAAAGAUGCAUUCACUGUCUGCAAUCUUACUCAAGCCACUGUUCUGACAAAACCCAACUCCACAUCCUUCACGUGGUACCCUUCGAGGCCUGGCUUCUUCUACUUCGCCUUCACCACCAACACCUCUCUCAAGUCAUGCCAACUCAGCCAAAAGCUCGCCGUCCACGUCAUCUCAGCCUCCGCCGCAUCUCCGCCGGAGAGAGCCCCGGAGCCGGUAUCCGGCGGAGUGGUCGCUUCUUCUCCGUCGUACCCGUGGCCGUUGGGUCCACGAGAGGGAUCGGAGUACUCUCCGGGGCCGUCUCCGGCGGAAAUCACGACGGUGAUAGUGCCGGCGAAAGGAGGGAUGCCUUUCAUCAACAGUAACCCGGCGGUUCCUCUUCCCACCGGAGAAGUUGACUCCGCCUCUAUCAACCCUUUGCCCACUUCGGCUAAUAAUGCACACCAGCUGCUAGUAGGGAUGAUGGGCGUAGUAACACUGCACCUGGGAUUGGCCGUGGCACCGUCUCUUCUUCUGUAAAGGAGAAGAAGAGGAGAGUGAUUAAUUAGUAAUUAGGGAACUUUAAUGAUGUUCUAGUCGAUCUAAUACCCUAAUGUAACCAUAAUCAUUCUCUCUUUCCUUUUCUUUUUUCUUUAUUUUGUUGUUUUUCCCCUUGUUGUGGGGUUUCCUGUCUCUUUUAGAAUAUUAGGGGUUUCUUUUGAGUUUUUUUUUUUGUGUGCUGUACAACCAAUUUGAUUUUAGCUGUGUCGGGCUCC